UGGCCAUGCCUCCCUUUGGUGGAAACCCAGGCUUUAUCACGAGCUGGAGGGACCAACUGCCAGCUCUCUCUGGGGACAAGCAGCCAUGGGACUGACGUGCGGGAUGAGGACCACCAAGUGCCAGCAGCUGGUGACCAGCCUCUGUGUGAUGCUGCUGGGGCUGUCCAUCGCCACGCUGAGCACAGUCACCCACUACGGGCUCCACUUCACCCUCAUCAGUGACAUCUCCCUGGAGAGCAACUCCUACAGGGCCAUCCACCACGCAGCUUUCUACUUUGGGAUCUGCCUCAGCAUGACCCUGAUCCUCGCAGCCUUGCUGAGCUCGGCCGCCACGGUGCGGGAAUCACAGUGCCUCACCGCCAUGGGAUUUUUCUGCUUUGCUCUGGCCUUCUGUGGAUUGAUCCCAGCUGCCUGCUGGAGAUACACACACAGCACAGAGGUGGAAGACAGCGUGAUGGAUGUGUAUGAUCUUGUGUAUGAGGAGGUGAGGAGGAACGCCUCCAGCUUCAGGAGGCACGAGCUGACUGCCAUCCACGAAGCGUUCCUGUGCUGUGGGAAGCGCUCUCCGUUCGGGGACACGGCCAAUGUCGAGCGCAAGACGUGCCUGUCCAGCCAGGUGCGUGAUGCAGGACAGGACUGCCUGCAAGAGAUCCAGGACUUUCUGAAGAAGCACAUGGACUUUGUCUCCACGCUCCUGGGCAUCACCAUCGGCUUCACGGUUUACGGGAUGAUCCUGACUUCAUUCCUCUGGUUCUCCAUCCACUUCAGCAGCAACCUGGACCGGAAAGGCAAAUACAUCCUGCGGGAGAGGUAGAAACCCAUCACCUGGGCAUCCCUACCAGGUGGGGCCCAGCUCUUGGUGCAGGAAGAUGUCUGAAGGUACCCACAAAAUCCCCUGGGAAGGCGUUGUGUGGGGUCAGGCGGUGGGACGUGUGGCGUGUGUUUCCCUUUCCUGCGCUACUAGCUGUCGUGCAUUUCCAAGCCGGUCAGAGCAGCCGAUGCUCUGAGGAGGAGCAGUUCCACACCUUCACCGAAAACAGGCAAGGACUGAGGCACGCACCUGGGCUGGGAGGUGCAGAUCGCUUCGCCAGGGGACACAAAGAGCCCCUUAGGACAAAAAUGGAGAGAAAAGCCCAGCAAAAAUCACAGCAUUAAACCGAACUUCUCUUGUGCUGUCAUCUGAGCUGCUCCCCGUUGACCCCCAAAGACGUAAUGCUUCCAGGAGGAUGGCUUUGCAUCGCAGCCCAGGGCCGAUAUUGUGCUAUCAGCAAAUAGAUGGACACCAAGUGUGUCAUUGCUGAUGGGAAACGUGCUCUCCCAGCCUGGACACUCGUAAUGAUCGACUUUGGGCACGUUUCUGACCAUGCUCGAGUGUGUAGGCGUCCGAUGACCAACGACUGUUUUUUUUUUUCCCCUGUUUUCAAAUAUUGCCAGACUUAAAGAGCUUUUGGUAGAGUUCGGGGGGGGGGGGGGAAUCAGAAAGUAGUGCAUGAGCUUUGAAACAAAUGGCUGGCGUAAGGACGUAUCCUGCUGUUACUCCACCUUGCUGAUGCAGUACACCAUUAUUUUUUUAAUUCAUAGGAUUUAGUCAGCCUCCUAGAGCUUGAUGCCACACUGAUUUCACAGGGGCUCGUUCAACUCCCCAGCCUUAGCUCUGUGUUUAUCCAGCUUUGCUAACCCACCGCACCGCUCCGCAAUACAAAAGGACUUUGAUAUUACACAUACACGCAGGGCUGAAGUUUAAAUCUGUAAGAGAACAGGACUGAUCUCUAGCCAGGUCAAACAAUACAAUGUUCAACUCCACGUCCUCUUUACAUCACUUUAUCAAUAAUAAACAGAAAUUUAGAACACGUCAAUCAGCUGAAGAACUCUACUUUCUGUCUAGCUCAAAUGCCAGCUCCCAGGCGUGCUCUGCCCUCAUUGCAAGGAGGCAGAGCUGCUUCUGAGCUGAAACCCCAUCCUUGCCAUAGAUUUAGUACCUGCUGGGACCCCUGCCGUAAACUAUACGGCUACGUGAAAUGUCUGUGGAACCAGCAACAGCUUUCACGCCUCUCCUUCGUUGUGGUUUUUAGCCAUGAAAAACAGUGAGUAGAUAUUUUUUUAUUGAGAUAAAUGUGGAAACCCCCAUGCUGGUGUUCAGGAUGGGUCCUGGCCCUCAGGCAGGGGAUGCUGCAUGUGCAAGAACAGCAGUACAGCAUACAGCACCUGGUUAGCACUGGGACAUGGCUGUAAAUACCUUGCACUGGAAAGACUUGCUCUGGAUCACAGAAUGGCAAGGGUUGGAAGGGACCUCGGGAGAUCACCCAGUCCAACCCCCCUGCUAAAGCAGGUU